AUGGAACCACAGCCCAAUUUCUUGCGGCAUGACACCUUUUUCGGGCAAGGCUCAUUCGAGAACUUCUCAGUAAACCAAGACCAACUCGGAGGCUUGGAUAUGAACCGUCAUCUUAGUAGCCAAAGCAACAACACGGCAACUUCAGGCACUUCUGUCUGUACAGACCUUACCGAGUACUCGACGCACAGCUGGGACCCUAUGACCGAUUCGGAAUUGGAACCGGAACUCAAAUACGAAAAUAUGUACGACUACACAUCAUCCAUGGGGUACACCAAGGAGGAUCAAUUUGGUGGAAAUGGUGAGCCAUCUCCACUGACUGAGCAGGCCAACAAAUUCGAACAUAUGUCACUGGAAUACCAGCAUUCCUCUAGUCGCAUUUUUCCUGACAUUCAGCGAAGCAAUGCGCUCUCGAUUCCACGAGACUACAACCAAUCCUUCAGCAGACGAUCCAUUACCCCCGAGAAACUUGAUUCCUAUGGCAUGAAUAACCAGCGUUCGCAACCAACGGCCCGAACAAGUGGCUAUGGCAGUAGCCUGAGUGUUUAUCGACCAGCCCCCGUCCCAUCGAACAGUCAUAAUGGCUAUGCAAGCUCCCAGUCAGGAGAUGGACCUACACCGAGUAGCCUGGGAUGGAAACCCGAAACUGACCUCGUCAAGAAGUACGAUCUCGUUCUUAUCAACAAAAACAAUAUCUAUCUCGAAAUCAACAAGGAUUCGGAGGUCACCCGGGAAACUCCCGCCCGAGUCUACCUUGAACCUGUCUUAUCGUCCCAGAAAGGAGAAGCUCACUGCCCUUGGCCCGGCAAAUGUGACCGACGAGGAGAGCCUUUCGGACGCCAAGCUGACCUCGAGCGUCACCUAAAGAACGUUCACGGCUCACCUGCGCGUCGCGACAAAUACUGCUGUCCAUAUAAUCCCUGUCUUAACGGCCGCCAUCUCAAAAAGAAUUCCUUUACGCGCAAAGACCACCUCCGCGACCAUGUACGCGAUUUCCACCAAGAAGACAUUGGAGCAGCCAAGGGCGAGAAGAACGCUCGUACUAAGGAGGAGAAGAGGCAGUGGCAGAAGGAACAGGAAAAGUGGAUUGCGUCGCGGAAGAUAACGGCGACUCAUUGGACGUGCGCGAAGUGUGUUGUGAGAAUGAGCGUCGAGGAGCAUGGGUGGCAUUGUAUGGAAUGUAACCAGGCGUGUGAGCAGGAGAGGAUGGAGAUGAGGUUGAGGUUGACGCCACCAAGAGAGGAGGCGCAGGCUGAGUUGCAAAAUAGCCGUGGGCUGGUGAGGGAGGAUCAAGAGCAGCAAGAAGGCUAUCUGCAGUGCCAGACGUGCUCAGGAAUUGAGUGGGUGGACAACGGGUAUGGCGCGUGGGAUCCGUGUCCAUUGUGCAACUACCAGGAAACGCGAAUCGGAGCGCACUGUUUCCAGUAG